UCUCAUGUUAACUAGGCGGUAGCCAAAUGAAGAACCGCGCGCAUUUCUUUUCAUUUUCCCUCUCUUAUUACGCUUUCUGAUGGCAGCUUUUUCCAGAAAAUUUCGACUUAAAUAGCUUUUCUGACAGCGGAUUUUCCAGAAAAGUUUGAUGGGGUUGCUAAGUGCUAACCCCUGAUUUCGAACAGAGGCUUUUGUGCGGUGAAUGAAUUCUGGGUGUAGGUACUAGGUAGAUGUUCUUACCAAAACAGAAAGAAAUCUUAGUGUGUCAUGGAACGCAAGGGUAAGUUAUUGGCUAUUGCGAAUUCUCAAGCUCAAGGAGCUUGUCCCGAGAGCGUAGUAGACAGGUUUAGUAAUCUUCCAGAUGAAGUCGCUCAUCACAUUCUUUCGGUUGUCUCUUUAAAAGAACUCAUUCGAAUAGGCACCCUGUCUAAAAGAUGCAAAGGGCUUUAUCUCUCAACCCCGUCAUUGAAAUUUUGGUCAUCGUACUAUGGAGAUAAGCAGGGCCAAUUAAACUUGCUCAAUUCUUUCGAUAGGUUUUUGAUUCUUCGCGGGGGUAAUAAGGUACACAAGUUUGAAGUAAAUUUGGAACUCUGUUCAAGCUUACCUGAUGAGAUUUUCCGAGUGAUCACGUGGAUCCACAUUGCAGCAAGGUGUAAUGUUGAAGUGCUUGAUCUUCAGUUGAGGGUACUAAAAAAUGAUAUGGCUUUGUUUGAAUUGCCAUCUUGCAUCUUUCUUUGUGGAUCUUUGAGGUCUCUAAUUGUGAACCUGUAUACAGUUCUUAAAGUUCCCUCCUUUGCCGGUUCCACUAAUCUCCAACACUUAAAGUUGACUGAGGUUCAAAUAGAUGACCGCUUUUUCAAAUGGAUCUCAAGUUACUGCAAAUGCAUCAAGGAAUUGCAGCUUUAUGAUGUUAGAACAGUAAAUAUCACCAUUGAAAACUCAUCUUUGGAAUCAUUUAGGUUUGUGUCAUAUAAAAGUGGCAUCUGCCAUCUUAACAUCUCAGGUGAGAAACUUGAAGAUAUUCAUGUAGAUUGGGAAUAUUAUCAACCUGGCAGCAGAUCAUUAACUAUUUCUGCUCCAAAUCUCAAAUAUUUCAAAUGGAUUGGGAAUUUAUUGAACCGCCAGAAUCUCAGGGAAUUAAUGUGUUUAGAAAAGGCAGAGAUUUUUUUGAAGCCUAGUAGAGAUAUCUGUGACUUUGACAACGCAUCCGAGUUUCUUUGCAGUAUAUGCAGGGUUAAAGUUCUUCUUCUAACCCAUGAGACCAUGAAGGCUUUGUUUAAGGAAGUUUCCAUGCCCCUGCCGUUCGAUAAUGUUUCUUACUUGGGUUUGCGCAUUACGAGCUUGAGUGAUGACCUAGUGCAAUGA